UAGAUUCAUUCAGUCCCUAGCAAAGUAAACAAAGCCAGUAAGUCACCAACAGAGACAGUGCCAUAACGCUCCGGUCCUUCGGCCAAAGCUACUGUUGGAUUCUCUUUCGCUUAUACAGAGAGAGGUACGAGAAGGGAAGAAGGGCCCUCUGUUGUUUGCUUGCUUCUUUACUUGGUUUCUAGUAAUUUUCUUUCUUCUUAUUCAGGCAACCACACGUUCUCAGUUUCUCUGAUUCAUCGAUAACCCCACAAUCAUCUUAGCUUUCCCAGGCUUAUUUAUUGUUGUCAUUUCCCAACCACUGCUCUCUACUAUUUCCACAGUGAUUUUUUCUCCUGAUCCCAUCUCUCUCUCUGUUUCUCUCUUUCGCUCUUUCUCUGUGUCUGUUUCUGCCUGUUUUCCAAGUGGGUCGAUCUCUGAAAUUAAGCGAGCUUGUUCAGAUUUAGUUGAUUUUGACUCUUGGGUUUUAAAGCAUUCUAGAUAUCUGAAUCGGAGCAGCCAUUGCAAGAUUUGAUCCUGACACAAAUUUAUAAUUAAGUGCAUGAGGUCUUCUUCUGGGUUUAGGGCCGCAUAACAUCUGCGGUUUGCAGUUUGGUGUGCGAGAAAUAUUGCAUAAGAUGGUCUAAAGCCAGAUUUGAUAACAUUAGGUCUUUUGAUAGAAGGAAAUGUCCAAGAUGAUCAGCAAACCGCUGGUACUGACUUAUUUCUACCUGUUCAUCUACAUUCUGCUUUCGUCAGGCGUUAUAUUGUACAACAAGUGGGUUCUGUCUCCAAAAUACUUCAAUUUUCCAUUACCCAUAACACUUACGAUGAUUCAUAUGGGAUUUUCUGGACUCGUAGCAUUUUUACUUGUUCGUGUUUUCAAGGUUGUAGCUCCUGUCAAAAUGACAUUUGAAAUAUAUGCAACUUGUGUAAUACCAAUCAGUGCCUUCUUUGCAUCAAGUCUUUGGUUUGGAAACACUGCUUACUUGCAUAUUUCUGUGGCGUUCAUCCAAAUGCUCAAAGCUUUAAUGCCAGUGGCUACUUUUAUCAUGGCUGUUUUGUGUGGCACUGACAAACCAAGGUGCGACGUGUUCUCAAACAUGGUGCUGGUCAGUGUUGGAGUUGUCAUUUCCUCAUAUGGGGAGAUUCAUUUUAAUGUAGUUGGUACAGUUUACCAGGUUAUGGGCAUCUUUGCAGAGGCUCUUAGGCUGGUCUUAACACAAGUCCUUCUCCAGAAGAAGGGCUUGACUCUAAAUCCGAUCACCAGCUUAUACUAUAUUGCUCCAUGCAGCUUUGUCUUCCUGUCUGUGCCCUGGUUAUUACUUGAGAAGUCUUCCAUGGAAGUUUCACAGAUUCAGUUCAACUUCUGGAUAUUUUUCUCCAAUGCUCUUUGUGCUUUGGCGUUGAACUUCUCCAUUUUCUUAGUAAUUGGUAGAACUGGAGCAGUUACCAUCCGGGUUGCUGGUGUUCUAAAAGACUGGAUAUUGAUUGCCCUUUCAACUGUUAUAUUUCCAGAGUCUAUGAUUACCAGGCUGAACAUAAUUGGUUAUGCCAUAGCAUUGUGUGGUGUUGUCAUGUACAACUAUAUAAAGGUUAAGGAUGUUCGAGCAUCUCAACUACCUUCUGAAAGUAUUCCGGAGAGAAUUUCAAAGGAUUGGAAGUUGGAGAAAAAGUCAUCUGAUAUUUUUAUCCCUAACAACAGUGGAUCAGCCUCUGAUAUCGAUGUCGAUGAAGAGACACCCCUAACUCAAUCAACAAGGCUGUCUCAUAUUGGACGAUCGCAGGUUGGCAACCAUGGUGCAUGAUUCAUGAACUCACGUGUAGAUUGAUGUUUGGAAAAGGAAAAUCUGGAGAUUGGAGUAUGCUGAUUCUUUUUGCACUCUAGACCCUUUAUUAUUUCCAGGAAAGAGAUUUUAACGCGGAAACCCAGGGGCAAUAUUGUAUUACUUUCAGUUGUAGGAAGUGAAUGCAUGAUUUGCCUGUUGAAAUUUGCAGAUGGUAGCUUAGGACCCUAUUAACUUGUCAAGGCUCUUGAUAAGAAAAACAAGUUUUUGUCUUGACAAA